AUGCUCCCGACCCUCGCCCGCCGCUCCUUCGCGCCCCGCCUCACCUUCUCCGUCUCCGAAUCCAUCCCCCGCUCCUACUACCUCGGCCACCACCACGCCGCCCUCCGCGACAUCACCUCCCGCCUCUCCGAGGUCGGCCUCGUCCUCGAGUGCCGCGACUACCGCGUCCCCAUCACCUCCUGGAACCCGAUCCUCGACCGCGCCAUCGCCGGCCGCCAGCGCAUCGUCGUCUACACCCACCGCGACCUCGGCACCGACAGCCCGCGCGACGUCGAGCAGGCCCUGCGCCGCUUCCACCGCGGGCAGAGCGCGGCCGGAGGCUCCCCCCAGCGCGUCGUCUUCUGGCGCAAAGACGACGGCGCGAGCACCAGGAGCCUGCUGGCCGAGAUACGCAAUGUUGCGCAGGGCGUCGACAGCCUGACGGGCGUGCGCGCGCUGGUCGUGGGCAUGCCGAACGUCGGGAAGAGCACCUUGCUGAACAGGUUGCGGAAGAUCGGGAUGCAGAAGAAGCCGUCGGUCGCGAGGGUAGGCGCGCAGCCUGGUGUGACGCGCAAGCUGUCGUCGCCCGUGCGCAUUCUCGAUUCCGAGGCUCAUGGCGGCGCGGGACUUGGGGAGGGUGUUUUCGUGCUGGAUACCCCUGGAGUCUUCAUGCCGUACGUGUCCGAGGCGGAGAGCAUGGUCAAGCUUGCGCUGGUGGGUUCCGUCAAGGAUGAUCGCAUUCCGAUGGUGAUUCUCGCCGACUACCUCCUGUACCGACUGAACCUGUCCGACCCCACCUCCUAUUCGAAAUACUGCGAACCCACGAACGAGGUCAAUGAUUUCCUCGACGGAGUCGCGAACAAGACCGGCAAGCUUAAGACCGGCGGCGAGGCCAACGCGGAGAGCGCCGCUGACUGGAUAGUCAAGCAAUGGCGUGUCGGCCAGUUGGGCAAAUUCAUCCUCGACGAUAUCACUGACGAGGCGUUCCAAGAGAAACAUCUAGAAAGAGAGGGACAAGGCGCUGUGAGCAUGAGCCAGGCGCGCAAGAGGGAGAAGGAAGCAAGAAGGGAGAAGGCACUCAACAAGACCAAGGCGAUUUAG